AUGAAUAUAUCCAAUAAAACAAGUGUAGAAGGUUUUCAAAGAAAUAUGGUUGAUAUGAAUUACAAUAGCACAGCAAAAUCCGAAUCAUAUUUUACUACACCUUAUCUCGGCCCAUAUACUGGCCUAUACCUCGGUCAUCGUUGGACGCCACAUGUCGAACAAACUCAUGCACCAGAAAAAGCCAUCAUUGUUACUACAGCUACAUCCCAUCGAUUUAAAAAUGAUAGCAGCAAUGAAACGGUAAAAUCCAGCAAUUAUAGGCUUACGGUUUAUCCAGACACUGAUUAUGCACGAAUGAAACGGUAUGCUAUUAUUACUGCAGGUAAUUUUUACAACAAUAUCAUUUACAACAAUAUUUGCUGUGUUGGCCGAGAAGUUCAUCAGCAAAAGCAAAUUAAAGAUAAUAUAACUCAGAGUAUGGGAUGA